CUGCACCUGGUUUGAAUGGAGUGGGAGUGGGGGAUUAGGCUCUCACUCCCUGCCGUUUGCUCCCAGGCCUUUUCCGUAGCUGGAUGUGACCAACAGAGACAGCGCCCAGCCUCAGUACAGCUGGCUCUUAGUGGAGGAGCAGGAGCCAUCUGGGGCAGAUGUGGGAGAGAACGUGGCGAAGGAGAGCCCGGUGCAGUCAAGGAGGCUUGUGGCUCGGAGGGGAGGUGGGGCCUGGCACUGCUGCUGCCGCCCGUCACCCUGGCAGCCCUGGUGGACAGCUGGCUCCAAGAGGACUGCCCAGGGCUCAACUACGCAGCCUUGGUCAGCGGGGCAGGCCCCUCGCAGGCGGUGCUGUGGGCCAAAUCCCCUGGGGUACUGGCAGGGCGGCCUUUUUUCGAUGCCAUCUUUACCCAACUCAACUGCCAAGUCUCCUGGUUCCUCCCUGAGGGAUCGAAGCUGGUGCCGGUGGCCAGAGUGGCUGAGGUCCGGGGCCCUGCCCACAGCCUGCUGCUGGGGGAACGGGUGGCCCUCAACACGCUGGCCCGCUGCAGUGGCAUUGCCAGUGCUGCCGCCGCUGCAGUGGAGGCUGCCAGGGGGGCCGGCUGGACUGGGCACGUGGCCGGCACGAGGAAGACCACACCAGGCUUCCGGCUGGUGGAGAAGUACGGGCUCCUGGUGGGCGGGGCCGCCUCACACCGCUACGACCUGGGAGGACUGGUGAUGGUGAAGGACAACCAUGUGGUGGCCGCCGGUGGUGUGGAGAAGGCGGUGCGGGCGGCCCGGCAGGCAGCCGACUUCGCUCUGAAGGUGGAGGUGGAAUGCAGCAGCCUGCAGGAGGCCGUGCAGGCGGCUGAGGCGGGUGCCGACCUUGUCCUGCUGGACAACUUCAAGCCGAAGGAGCUGCACCCCACGGCUGCCGCGCUGAAGGCCCAGUUCCCAAGUGUGGCGGUGGAAGCCAGCGGGGGCAUCACCCUGGACAACCUCCCUCAGUUCUGCGGGCCGCACAUAGACGUCAUCUCCAUGGGGAUGCUGACCCAGGCGGCCCCAGCCCUUGAUUUCUCCCUCAAGCUGUUUGCCAAAGAGGCGGCUCCAGUGCCCAAAAUCCACUGGUCCUAAACCGGAAGAGGAUGACACCAGCCAUGGACCCUCCGGAUCACACAUCUCUCUCUUUUUUUUUUUUUUUUUGAGACGGAGUCUCGCUCUGUCGCUCAGGCUGGAGUGCAGUGGCGCGAUCUCGGCUCACUGCAAGCUCCGCCUCCCGGGUUCACGCCAUUCUUCUGCCUCAGCCUCCGGAGCAGCUGGGACUACAGGCGUCCACCACCACGCCCGGCUAAUUUUUUGUAUUUUCGGUAGAGACGGGGUUUCAUCGUGUUAGCCAGGAAGGUGUCGAUCUCCUGACCUCGUGAUCCGCCCGCCUCGGCCUCCCAAAGUGCUGGGAUUAUAGGCGUAAGCCACCACGCCCGGCCCUGGUCACACAUCUUUAGGGUCAGUGGCCAAUGGGGCACACUUGGCAUUAGCUUGAGCCCAACUCUGGCUCUGCCACCUGCUGCUCCUGUGACCCGGCAGGGCUGACUUCACCUCUGCUCAUCUCAGUUUCCUAAUCUGUAAAAUGGGUCUAAUAAAGGAUCAACCACAUGGGGUUCUGUGGUGAUAUGAGCACAUAGUGAGGGGUCAGUAAAUGUCAGAAGUUACCUGGGACAACCAGGCACUAUGGCUCAUGCUUGUAAUCCCAGCGCUUUGGGAGGCUGAGGUGGGCAGAUCACUUGAGGUCAGGAGUUUGAGACCAGCCUGGCCAACAUGGUGAAACCCCAUCUCUACCAAAAAUAGAAAAAUUAGCUGGGUAUGGUGGCAUGUGCCUGUAAUCCCAGCUACUUAGGAAGCUGAGGCAGGAGAAUCGCUUGAACGCAGGAGGUGGAGGUUGCAGUGAGCUGAUGGUGCCACUGCACUCCAGCCUGGGUGAUAGAGUAACACUCUGUCUCCAAAAAAGAAAGAAAGAGAGAGAGAGAGAGGGAGGGAGGGAGGGAAAGGAAGGUUGGAAAGAAAGGAAGAAAGGCAGGCAAAAGCCCCAGACAGACCAUCCUGCACCCUUCAUGCACCCAACCUGAACCAAACACCAGCAUGACCCGGCUCUGAAUGCACAGCAGACGGAGGUUCGCUGGGCAGAGAUGCUGGGCUGACCUGGAUGCUGCCUUUGGUGAUACCCUAAACAAAAGGGGCCAGUCCCACAGUAAGGAAGGAGACCACUACUCCUCCUGCUGCCCUCCUCCCCCAACCUUGCCUAGUUUAUAAGACAGGAGGAAAGAAAGAAAGCAAAAUGUUAGAAAAAAAAAAUACAGAAGUAAGAUAAAUAGCCAGAAGACCCUGGCGCCACCACCCGGCCCUGGUAGUUAAAAAAAAGUAACAAUAAUAAUAUCAACCCCUGACUUAAACUACUUGUGUUAUCUGUAAAUUCCAGACGUUGUAGGAAAAAGCAUUCCAAAACUUUCUGUUCUGUUAACUGAUGCGUGUAGCCCCCAGUCACACUCCCCACACUUGCUCAAAAUAUCAUGACCCUUUCACGUAGACCCCUUAGAGUUGUAAACCUUUAAAAAGGCCAAGUAUUUCUUUUUCAGGGAGCUCGGUUAUUAAGACGCAAGUCUGCCAAUGUUCCCAGCCGAGUAAACCUCUUCCUUCUUUAA